AUGGGGACUACAGGACUUCAGUUCACGUUAUGGCUCAUCUACCUGACGCUGCUGGUCAGCUCACUCACUCAGACUGGUAAUUCAUCUCACAUCGGCCGAGUGUGCACGACUUGGGGACACUAUCACUGGAAGACCUUUGAUGGAGAGUUCUUCCAGCUUGCCUCUACUUGUAACCAUGUUGUGGCAUCACAGUGUAAAGGCAGCUAUGAGAAUUUCAACAUCCAGAUGAGACGCAAAAUAGUCAACGACAUCCCUACUAUCAGCAAGAUCAUCAUCAAGCUGGAAGGUUCUGUGGUGGAGCUGUCCAGCAGUGCUGUGAUUUUCAAUGGCAAGACCGUGUCACUGCCAAUGGUCUCAUUCGGGGUGACUAUUAAGGGGUCCACAUCCAGUAUCAUUGUUGAAACUAAGCUGGGAAUCAGAUCUGUCUGGAACCUGGAUGACUCUCUGGAUCUUGAAAUAGAUGACAAAUACCAGAACCAGAUCUGUGGACUGUGUGGAGACUUUGACGGUGUAGCCAAUGAGUUGGUGAAAGACGGAGUUUCACUGUCUGUGUCAGACUAUGCUGAGGCCUACAAGGUGAAUGAGGCAACAGAGACCUGUGAGGAGCCUGAGCUCAACCCAGUCCUGAGCUGUGGAGAUAAGAAAUUCUGUGAGCAGUUCUUCUCCAGUGAUCCAUUCAGCAGUUGCCAAAACCUUCUGGAUUUGGAAUCCUUCAGUAAAGCCUGCAUGGCUGAUAUGUGCAACUCUAAAGACAACACUGACUCUGUCCUCUGUAAAACCAUCUCAGAGUUCUCCAGAGAGUGUGUCCAUGCAGGCGGCAAGCCCCAACCAUGGAGGAAUACUACUUUUUGUUGUAAGGAUACUAACAAUUAA